AUGUCUAACCAAAAUGACACCGUUCUUUGCAAUGAAUGUGGUCAAAGAAUCAACGCGACGACUAAUUGGUGUACACCAUGCAACGCAAAACACUUUAAAUCCAAUUUCCAAAAUUGGACGAGUGGUAGUGUAGAAUUGGAUGAGUUUAUUCGUAAAACUCAAAUAACUGCCGAACGUCACGAAUGUAUUUUCGAAUGGGUUGACUAUUCGAAGUUUUCCUUCUUCGAAAAGGUCGAACAUUCUAAAAAUCAUAGAGCUUAUUGGGAAGAAGGGCCUUUGUUAGGGUGGAAUACAAAAUCAAAUGAAUGGACUCGGAACGGUGGGCAGUGGGAAUAUGAAGCUUCGAAAUCUAAUCCCUCAAAACGUCUAGUUUAUGGAAUGACGCGUAAUCCUGUAACAAAUGAUUAUGCCGUAAUUGAAAGAUUAAUAGAUCGUUGCCCCGAUUGCGAAUCCAUGUGGGUUGCCUUGAAAAGUGUAGAGAAAGGAGAAGAAGGUAUUAAAGAGUUUCUUGAAGAGAUCAAAUCUAUGCAUCAAUGUAGGAAAAUUAACUUGGGUUCAUUAGAUUGUUAUGGCGUAACACGACAUUCUGACACAAAAAAAUAUCUAAUGGUUAUACGAUUUGUCGAAUUUGGCGAUUUAAGAAAUUACCUAUCUAACUUUGCCACAAAUAGUUGGAAGGAUCUUCUCGACAGAAUUUGGAGUCUUACGAUAGACCUUCGUAGUCUACAUCGGUUAGGCCUCGUACACCGAGACUUACACAGUGGAAAUGUGCUUUUUGGUGAUAAUAGGCGUAACUUUGUCGCCGAUCUUGGGUUAGCUUGUAAAGAUGAGAAAAGUAUAAGGGAUCAAUUUUUAUCAUCCGAUCUUAAAAGACAAAGAAGUUCACGUCCCACCAUAACAUUUCGAGAGUUGAGUACACGUCCUUUAACUAGUUGUCGCCUCCCAACGGUUUCUCUUACGAAUCAAGAUCCUCAAUACCAAACCACUCAAUAUGACCUCAAAAUUACGAAUGAUCUACCCUUCUAA